UGUCCUACUUUCACGAGGAACCACGGUCAUAAUCUGGCUUUGAAAUGUUUCUCUUUGGCGUGGGAAGAUCCUUUGGUCGAAGGACAUAAAGAUGCUUUGACAGGAAGAGCUGAACGCUGAGGAUGUUUGGUUGCAGUCCAAACAAUAACUUUACGAGGCGGACUCGUUCGUAGCGAGACAUUUGGUCAGCAUGCCUUAUCAUGACGAGGAGUACCCAGGUCAGCCUCUGUGGCAGUCGGUGGUGCUCUUUUGCUCCAAGGGGAUGAUCGAGGUCAUCAUGGUCAUCCUCUUCUUCUGGCUUCUGGUUCAGGUGCUCUUCACCAAACAACUGGAAGUCAACCUUCAAAUUCUUCUCCUGGUGGGACUCGUGGCGUUCUGUCUGUCUUUGCUCCUGGGAUGUGUUCUGUGCUGCUGGAGAAGUCGCAUCUGUUGUGAGGACAAAGAAAGUGCCGAGCCGGUCACCUUUGACCCCGAUCCAGCGGCCGUGUCGUCGCCCCGGUGGCAAUAUGAGGAGCUGGAUGGAGACACGCUGGACUACCCGUCCACCUUCGCCAGCCCCGCACCCUUUGAGCCGGGAUUGACUUCCUGGUCGUUCUCUAGUAAAGCGUGUGAUAGGAAGGAGUCUUUUUUCUCCCUUCGCCGCCUCAGCACGCCGCUAUUAACUCCGCCUCUUUAUGAAGCCAUGGGCGGCAGCCGUGCUUCGCUGCCUUCGUUUCCUAAACUGCUGUCCAAAAGACGGCAGGCCCUGCAGAGGCGCUGCACUGUGACCGGCGAUAGUUUUUCUUCCGAGCCCACACCCACACACUCUCCAUCCCCGCCUGAGGAACCCAUCCCACUGGUGCCGUUAAACCACGGCUUCAAAACCUCACCCGCACGCUGCCUCCGUUUUACGAUGCUUUUCUCCCCAGAGGGUCAAACCCUGACCAUCAGCAUCCUCAGCCUCACAGGCUGCUCACACAGUCUGAAGGAUGCGUCCGUGCUGGGCUGCCUCCCGCCUCUACACCCGUCCUUCACGCACGCCUCCGUCCACGGCGGCCUCAAGCCAGUCUUGCUAUGGACCGUGAGAUCUGCCGAGGAGCUCCAAAAGUGCACUUUAAAAAUGGCCGUCUACGCGCAGGAUCAACACGGCCGCAGAGGCUCAGCGCUGGGGGAUCUGCAGACUGAAUUUGGAGGUAGAGACUGGGGGACAGGUUGUGAGUUUCACUUCGCUGAAGAGCUCCAGGCAAACAAAUGGCCACCAGAAAAGGUUGUCACGACACACACUUAAGGACGUACUUCCAUAUCACGGUUAUCAUUAUGUAUUGUCGAACGUGCGUCCUACUCUGUUCAGCGGUCCUUGAACUCACCAUAAAAACACCUCUGUGUUAUAUCCCUUUCUUCUGAGAGAGCACACCCAGCAGGCACAGGUAGGGAUGAUGUUUGAUAAGAAAUUAUCGAGUUCGAGCCUAUUAUCGAAUCCUCUUAUCGAGCCGAUUCCUUAUCGAUUCUCUUAUCGAAUCCAGAUAGGUUGUUGUAUAUGGAAAAAAACACAAUAUUCGGUUUAACAAAAGCUCACUUUUAUUUUAUAAAAAGAAAAAAAGAGAAAAAAAUAAAUAAAUAUUGACUGUUACCCCCCUAGAAAAAUACAAUAAAUAAAUAUUGACUGUUGUUACCCAAAGUAUAUUAAGUGGGACUUUUCAGAAAAACAAAUAUAUACAGUAACACAAAAACAAGCAGUCUCUGUGAUCACUAUAGGUGAACAGCCAUGCCUUGAGGCGUUUUUUUCCGGUCCAUUAUUU